GACAAAGCUCGAGUUCAAGUGUAUUUAAGUGGCGAAAGCUGCUGCCGGCAGAUCAUUCAAGCGUUUGACGCCGUAGAGAAGUGAACGUCUCACAAUCGCGAACAAUUUUCUGUUUUGAUUUUGAAAUGCCUCGUCUGCUGUGUUUUGUGUUCUUGGCGAUCGCGCUUCCGGCCUGUUUUGCGAUCCACAUCCAGCCGCGCAGCUCUUGGAACGCGGCGGCUGCUCGCUCCCCUGCGCGCAUACCCGGCAAGGUCGACUAUGUGAUCAUCCACCAUUCGGACAAUCCGAACGGUUGCAGCACGGAGACGGAGUGCAAGCGGCUCAUCAAGAACAUCCAGAGCGAUCACAAGGGUCGUCGCAAGUUCAGCGAUAUCGGCUACAACUUCAUAAUUGCCGGCGAUGGUAAUAUCUACGAAGGUCGUGGCUUCGGCUUGCAGGGCUCGCACGCACCCAGCUACAACCGCAACAGCAUCGGCAUUGUCUUCAUUGGCAACUUCGAGAAUACGAUACCCUCGCAGACUAUGUUGCAGAAUGCCAAAGAUCUGAUGUCCCAUGCCGUGCAACAGGGUUAUCUCAAGGACAAUUACACCUUGUUGGGACACCGUCAAACCAAAGCGACCGCCUGUCCAGGACAGCGUCUCUACGAUGAAAUUAAAACUUGGCCUCAUUGGAAAAGUCUUUAAACGUAGCCAUGGAUGAGGCUUGAGAAAUGUUUUUAUAGAGCCAUAAAAAGUGAUAAGAACCACUGUACGUUGUAUUAUAAUAAAUAUUAUUUAGUUAAUUAGUUAAA